UUAAAAGCAUGCAGUAGUUUUUGAAAAGUUACUUAAUAGGCUUGAGUAUUUUAUUCGAUGGUUUUCUACACAAUAAUAAAAAAUUAUUAAUUUUAUCGCUCAAUUUCGUUACUUUAAUGAGGCUGAUCUUAUUAUUUGUAAACUCUUUAAAGCGGAAAAAGAAAUGCAAAUCUCGCCGAUAAAUUUGAUUGUUAUUUUUUUUAAACCCUUUUUCAUUAUCUACUUUGACUGUUAUUCAAACGAAAAAGUUCUGUGAUAAUGUAUUCCGGUGAUAAUAUUCACAACAUAAAUCCCUUUCAAACGACAAAUCAGCCAGUUCGUCAAGAAACAAUACUGCAAUGGGCAUCAAGGGAUUUAACAAAUUUAUGGACGAUGAGGACAAGCGAAUCGGAAUUUACGAAGAUUUUAAUAUUUACAAUAAAAAUAUCAUUAUUGAUGGAUGCGGACUUGUCUAUCUUCUGUAUUUCAAAAGAAACAUUCCUUACGAAUUUGGAGGAGAUUAUAGCCAGUAUGCCACAGUUGUAAGAAAAUACUUUGAAACUCUUAUGAAAUUCAAAAUUACACCAAUUGUUGUUUUUAAUGGCUGCUACGGAAACUCAGCUGACGAGUCUGAAAAGCAUAUGCAACGACAUAAAACCCGACUGAAUCAUAUUAACAAUUACUUAAAUAAAAAAAUUCAUUCUUCCUUUACUCCCAUCAACCAUUACGAAGUUUUCAAAGAUAUUCUUUUGGAGAAAAGGAUAGCCCAUGUCCAGUGCGAUUACGGCGGUGAUGAAAAGAUAGCAGCCUUCGCUACUCAUUACAAAUGCCCUGUUCUUGCUGAAGACAGCGAUUUUUACAUAUACGACUUACCGUAUGGUAUCAUAAGGUUCUCACACCUUGAUGACGCUCUAAAAGUAGAGGAAGAAAUUAAAACCAACACGAUGAUGUGUAAAAUUUAUAAAGUGGUAAAAUUUCAAAAUAAGUAUUUUAUAAAAGAUAAAAGAAACCUAUCAUUGUUUGCUGCUUUAGUGGGAAACGAUUAUGCAAAUUUCACAUAUUUUAAAUAUUUCUAUAGAAUUAAAAACUGGAGCAAAGACCAUAGAUUUAAUGAUGUGCUUAUAUGGCUUAAAAAUAAAACAUUUGCUCAGAGUAAUAAUGAAGUGCUCAAAAUUUACAAAGGGAAUAAAAGCAUAAAAAACAAAAUCGAAUAUGUUAUUAAGAAUUAUGAGUUUCAGCUGGCCGAAGGAGAACGAUUGAGCAGUAUUUUAGAAGGAAUAAUUUCCAAUGACAGUGAGAGAAUUUUUGAAAAAAGUAAAAUUAAAACAAAUUGUAGUACCACAAACAAGAAAACCUUGCCUAAGGAAUUAGUUGUUGCUUUUCAUAAAGGUUGUAUCUCGUCUACGCUAUUAAAUAUUAUUACUACACAUGAAAGUUUCCUGCAUGCUCAAAUUGAAGCAUUUUCUAAACCUAAUUCUAGCAGCUAUUCUUGCUCUCGUUACAUCAGAAAAAUAACUUAUAGCAUACUGUCACAGCACGAACCGGGUAGUUUCGAAAUUCAUAAGAACAACUGUUUAAGGGAAAUUAUAGAGCACGAUUGGUCAAAUCAAAGAGUAUUCUUAAAAUUAUGCUCUAAGCUUGAAAUUGGUGGUUUGGAGAAAAACAUACCGAAGUUGUCGGAUAUAUAUGAAGCCCAAACCAAUUACAGAGAUUUCCUUUCUGCCGUGUUGGGAGUGGAUGAAAAUUUCUUACAAGGUAUUCAAAAUAAUUUGCAACUUCUGUUUGGAAGCAUAAUAUAUUGGCUUUUGAAUUCAGAACCAAAACCAACGAAAUACUUUUUGCCUGCGCUUUUGAUUUGCAUCAUAUAUUAUCAAAUAAAAGAAAACAAUUUACGAGAAAACGCAGCCGAUGGGAAAGAAACAGAAGACAUGGAGACUCUUCCUACACGAGUGGCUGAAAACUUCAAUAAAUAUUUACAAAAACCUGAGCGUACCCAACCGACAAAUGUAAAACGUAUCAUUGACAACUACAGUCAACUGCAAACAUGCAUCUGGAGUGUUGGUGCUUUAAACUCGUUAUUAAAGCGACCAUUUGAUCCCUCAAAACUUUGUGAAUAUUUGAACGGUACUAUGCUUUAUAACUUGACUAUGAAGCUAGAAUCUGGAUCAAAUUCUGAAUCAUUAGUUAGAACAUUCUUCCGAGGAGAAGUUGCUGCUAGAUUGUUUGAAUUGUAUAUGAAUAAGAUUAAUACAAAAAUACAAGCUAAUUACUUUGAGGGGGCUUAAAACGGAAAAGAACUUGUCUUUUUAACUGUUUUAAAUUUAUACAAACCAUUCGAUGGAUUAACGUUCGUAAAACAGAAAACUAAUGAUUUAUACUAGGUUAUUGAAUUGUAGUUGGCAAAAAGAAUAAAUGAUUCGCUAGAAAA